GGGCCCAGAUGGGCGAGCGCGGGGGCAGCGCGGGGGCCGCGGCCCCGGGCGGCGACAGCGGCGGAGCCCCGAGCCCCGCAGGGGGCAAUGGGGGGACCCGCAGGCGCCGGGGGGGAACCCCCAAACCCGAACCCCCUUCCGCGCACGGAGACAGCGCCGAUGACCUCGCCGGAGACUUCAGGUGUCACAAGGUGCAGGAGUCGCUGCUGAGCUCGGCCAGCGGCUACAGCAACUACCGGGGGGUGCUCAACUGGUGCGUCGUCAUGCUGGUGCUCAGCAACGCGCGGCUCUUCCUGGAGAACCUCAUCAAGUAUGGCAUCCUGGUGGAUCCCAUCCAGGUGGUCUCGUUGUUCCUCAAGGACCCUUACAGCUGGCCUGCCCCCUGCCUGGUCAUCGGUACCUGCACCCCAAAACCCCCCAAAAAACCCCAAAACCCCAAAAAACCCCAACCUGAAAUGAUCAAAAACCACAAACACAAAAAAUAUUCCAGUGAUAUUUCGGGGGUAUUUUGGGGGUAUUUGGGGUGGCUUUUGGGGGUCUUCCGGGCUCCCUGUGAGCCCUCCCCACCCCCCGGGCAGGGCUGUCUGUCGGAGCGGGCGGGCUCGGCUCUGCACGCCCUCAACCUGCUGAGCAUCCUGUGCUUCCCGGCGGCCGUGGUGCUGCUGCUGCCCUCCGUCACCCCGGUGGGCGCCGCCUUCGCCCUGGCCAUCCACACCGUGCUCUUCCUCAAACUCUUCUCCUUCCACGACGUCAACAAAUGGUGCCGGCAGCGCCGGGGGGGGACCCCGAAAACGGCCCCAAAAACGGCCCAAAAUCCGCCCGAGGAGGAGGCUGCAGGCAGCAGAGCCAACGGGGAUGUGGCACGUGGAGAGGUGACCUACCCGGAGAACCUGAGCUACCGCAACCUGUACUAUUUCCUGCUGGCCCCCACGCUGUGCUAUGAGCUGAACUUCCCGCGCUCCCCCCGCCUCAGGAAGCGCUUCCUGCUGCGCCGCCUCUGCGAGAUGUUGUUCUUCACGCAGCUCCUGGUGGGGCUGAUCCAGCAGUGGAUGGUUCCCACGAUCCAGAAUUCCAUGAAACCUUUCCGGGACAUGGAUUAUUCUCGGAUCAUCGAGCGCCUCCUGAAGCUGGCCGUUCCCAACCACCUGAUCUGGCUGAUUUUCUUCUACUGGUUCUUCCACUCGUGCCUGAACGUGGUGGCCGAGCUGCUGCAGUUCGGGGACCGCGAGUUCUACCGCGACUGGUGGAACUCGGAGUCCAUCACCUACUUCUGGCAGAACUGGAACAUCCCCGUGCACAAGUGGUGCCUCCGGCACUUCUACAAGCCCAUGCUGAGGAGGGGCGUCAGCAAGUGGGCGGCGCAGGUGGCCGUGUUCCUGGCCUCCGCCUUCUUCCACGAGUACCUGGUGAGCGUCCCCCUGAGGAUGUUCCGGCUCUGGGCCUUCAUGGGCAUGGCGGCGCAGAUCCCGCUGGCGUGGCUGGUGUCGCGCUUCCUGCGCGGUCACUAUGGCAACGCGGCCGUGUGGAUGUCGCUGAUCCUGGGCCAGCCCAUCGCCGUGCUCAUGUACGUGCACGACUACUACGUGCUCAACUGCGAGGGACAGCCGUGACAGACCCGGGACAGACCCGGGACAAACCGGGACAGACCCGGGACAGCCCCCCCCGGACACCCCCAAACCCCCCCGGGACACCCCAGCAGUCCCAGGGUCCCCCAAAGCUCCGGGGGGUUCUGGGAAUCCCUCCGAGCUCACCCGGGACAGACCCGGGACAGACCCGGGACAGCCCCCUCGGGACACCCCCAAACCCCCCAGAGCCCCCCCGGCAGUCCCAGGGUCCCCCAAAGCUCCGGGGGGUUCUGGGAAUCCCUCCGAGCUCACCCGGGACAAACCCGGGACAGACCCGGGACAGCCCCCCCGGGACACCCCCAGAGCCCCCCCGGGAGUCCCAGGGUCCCCCAAAGCUCCGGGGGGUUCUGGGAAUCCCUCCGAGCUCAUCCGGGACAAACCCGGGACAGACCCGGGACAGCCCCCCCGGACACCCCCAAACCCCCCCAGCAGUCCCAGGGUCCCCCAAAGCUCCGGGGGGUUCUGGGAAUCCCUCAGAGCUCACCCGGGACAGACCCGGGACAAACCCGGGACAGACCCCUCGGGACACCCCCAAACCACCCCGAGCCCCCCCGGGAGUCCCAGGGUCCCCCAAAGCUCCGGGGGGUUCUGGGAAUCCCUCCGAGCUCACCCGGGACAGACCCGGGACAGCCCCCCCCGGACACCCCCAAAC